UUCAGCGCCGCAAACGCAGGUGACUUCAUCUAGAGAUAGAACAAUGGACGGAUAUCACGGCCAUAAGUUGUUGAAGUCCCCAAAUCUACCGGGUAUCCUACAGCAGCAACUAAACCAACAGAGAACUACAGGGCGAUUCUGUGAUGUCAAACUCAAGUUACAGGGAUUGGAACUGAAUGCACAUUAUUGUGUCUUGGCUGCGCUUUCCCCGUUCGUUUCUGCUCAAGUGCAAAGUACGUCAGAGAUUUGUCUACCUCCACUUCUUACACCAAAAGGAGUGGGGCCCUUGAUAGAGUGGAUGUACACGUCAGAGCUCACUCUAUCGCAAGAGAAUUUGUUAGACGUGUCCUUUGCUGCUGGGUACUUCCAGGUGGAAGCUGUGGCUAAACUUUGCCAAACUUUCCAGCAGAAUAUUCACCUUGGCGUCGGUACUAGCCAAUCCGGUACUGGGAUACACGGGGAGUGCGCGCGCGCAUCGGAAGAGCAGGGAUAUGACGUCAGCCCCGUUGGUGAAGACCGAAACGUUACUGGAACAGCUAAAAGCAGUGGAAGCCAAACAGAUGUACAGUCAUUGGCCACCGUAAGAGUGAAAACAGAACAAGUGACACCCGAUCCAUGGACUGGCGAAACAGGCAACAUGCAGUAUACUUCUGCACCGGGUUAUGCCAGCACUGAAGGGUCAACGACCUCGCCUCAGCUGUCUUCAAACCUCAGCCCAGGUAUUGGUCGAACCAACAGCUCAACCCCGAUACGAUGUGACACACCAGCUACACCAGCGUACCUAUCAUCAGCGGCUGAUUCUAUGGGGCAUUUAGCUUGCCAUAGCGGCAAUCUGGGUCUGCCCGAAGGCGGAGAUACAAACACCUCCUCCCCCACUACUGGGCCUCGACACGACACGGGCUACAUUUACGCAGAAAAUCAAGCCUGGAAAGAUCAGACGACAGAUGUCAAUCUAGUCAGCUCAUCGGUCGAAUGUGCUGCCACGUCAGUGUCUCCACAUGAGAGCGGCGAUAACGAAACCGCCUCCAUGGCCGCAUUUGCUAACAGCAGUGCUGCGGCAAACCCUUCAACACCCUCGGGUCACAGCCAGAUUAGGAUAGUUGCUGUGGUUGGAUCGUGUCGCAAGCUGUUUUACGGGCAGGACUUUUCAGUUCAAACCAGCCAACCAGGACUUUUGGUUCAAACUGACCAAUCAGGGCUUUCGGCUCAAACUGACCAAUCAGGACUUUCGGCUCAAACUGACCAAUCGGGACUUUCGGUUCAAACCGACCAAUCAGAACUCGUCGACACGACUUGUUACGGAACUCUUAGUGGAUCCUCUGAGGGCGCGAAUGCAGUAUUAGAAGUCACCGAAAAUGUUACCAUGACCGCGUUUCAAACAUCCAGCAGUGCCAUUAGCGAAGACGACCACCAGCAACUACCUUCAAGGAAUGUCAACGAAGACGAGAACGAAGCUCUGAUGCAUUUGGUUAACGAUGAAGCAAAAGCUAAAAACGUUGACCAGAACCAGGCAACCAUGCCUAAACAAGAUGGUGAAAACGUAGCCGGGGCUGGUAAACUUGGAAGUACUCAAGCUACAAGUACUACGUAUACUGGCACGUCGAAAGACAGCAACGGCCGAGACUCACAUGUAAGAGAUGGUCUCAGUAUGGAAUCCAGAGACAAACACGUAGUUUCGCCAUGCUCUCGUGGCUUUAUCGUUGAAAGUAGAGACCAAGAGCAACAACAAGAGCAGAGAGACUACAUUGAGGGAGACAAUAAAAAGCAAAAGAGAGUCUCGUCAGAAAGUGUCGACACGGAAGCAUCGUCACCGAAAGGUGAAGUUGAAUUGGCAAAAAUAAAAACUGCUACUUCAGAUGGCCAUGGAUCUACCAUUGACAUAAAAGACGCACCCAUCCACGACGCUUCGACUUCAGCAUCAGUGACUGCCCCACAAAAGGAAACGGAAGACUCGUCUGGCAUCGAAAUCACUUUCGUAGCGGAAGGAGACCAAAAGGGUGGUUCUUCUGUUGUUGAAAGAAAAGGAAAUCUGUAUAAGACUAACCAAGGCACGUUUCUACGUGAGACGUUAUCUGUUGAACCCGAUGAUAGAAGAUCAAGUCCAAGGCUUAAUGAUCUCGCAAGCACUGCCGCCGUUAGUAUGAAAGAAGAUGUUCAGAACAAGCACGACAAGAAGAAGAGGAAGGCCAAAGAUAGACACGAAUCCUCUUCAGAAGCAGUGUCUCCGACCAAGAAGAAACAGCAUGACGCAGCGGCACUUAAUCUCUCUAAGAACAGGGAUUCUUCGCCACCACGGAGCUCGUCUAAGAAGCACAGUCGGAAGCGGACAGAGGACAAGCAAAAGGAUUCCACUUCGAAGAGGAUCAACACUGACAGUGCGAAGAUGCGUUCGUCGUCAAAUGACAGCUCGCGUCAAGAAGACAUUACAGACACGAGGGGAGUAAGUUCACAACCUGACGCUGUUGCAAGAAUUCGGCGUCAGCUUUGCCAUCAACCGGUUCCACCCCCGGAGGUCGAGAAAGUCGUCAAUUGCUACUUCUGUUGUGAGCAGUUCAAUAGCGAGGAAGAUCGGGUGCGGCACUUGCAGUCAAAUCAUCCUGGCGAGAUUCCGUACAGAUGUGGCUUCUGCUCUAGGGGGUUUCUGGACCAUAAAGAUCUAUCAGCACACAUAACAACUCACAAAGGGACAACCUGGAGCAAUCCUUUUCAAAGUUAUUAGAUUCACUACAUUAUCUACUAGUAUCCGUAUUGUCCAUUGUAAUAUAUAUUAUGAUAUUAUUAAUUUUAGAGAUGGCUGUUUCACAACACUAUUGUUCAUUAGAAUAGCAGGUUGGUUACGUAUGUAUAUGAAAUGGAAAUCCUUGUUAUUUAUGAUCCACAAUAAAGUUAUUGUCAUUUUAUUUCUUUGAUCAACCAUAAAUGUAAUAAACAACGGUAUCUAUUCCAUUGACCGAAAUAAAGAGAAGACGCUAUACCGCUGCGACUUAGACUAUGGACAUCAUGAAGUUUUUAAAUCAGGAUUGUAGAAUGUAUUUUCAAAAACGUUAUCUCAUCUUUAAUUGUUCGUUAUAUAGUUCUUACUGUAUGGUAAGGUGCACGGUUAAUAUUCAUUGUCUUCUUCCUAUAUAUAUAUAUAUAUCUACAAUGUUUUAAAAAUGAAAUAUCAUGGAUGUUGAAUUACGUUGCUUACAUAUAUGCGUCUUGUUAAAAACAAUUGUUCAUAACUAUUUUUAGUUGGUUUUUAAGUUUCAAGCGGUGAAAAAAAGGAGUAAAAAAAUCAGAUAUAUAGGUUUCUGAUUACUAGCAUUCCGACCUCAUCACACGGUGUUUGUAAAACUGUCACACUGUCAAUAAAGAUAAAUGUUUCAAUGUUCC